CUUAUUAACAAGAAGCAAACAAAAAUAAGUGUGAAUUUGAAAGGAAAGUGAACGUAAACCGAAUGUGUAAGCGGGUGCGCCCUUCCCCUCCAUCCCCGCGGUCCUCCCAUGUGUGUUGGAAUUUCCCGCAUGGACUGAGAGGGGAUCUUGCUCCGUAAAUUACAGCGCCUUCCAUGUCAGAGGAAAGCCUUUUAUGGGCAUGGAAGUGGGUGUGGCCAGCGCGCUUGUGGCAGUGGAGGGAGGGGGGGGGGGGGGGGGUGGAGGGGAUCACAAGACAAGCACAGACACGGAGAGAGUCGUUGUACAGCAUAAGGCCGCAUUGCCAGUGUGAGUUUUUUUUUUGCGUGUAUGCGUGUGUUUGCAAUACUAGUGCAAUAGUGUGCAACAGACAGCGGCGGCUUUGCGCCCGCGUUGGUGCAGAUUAGCGCUCCGUUUCCAACCGGGAAGGAUUCUGUUUACGCACCGACGUCGACCCCCUUUUCCUCUUGACUUUGUAGCGGGGAGGGGGGGUGAAGGGAGAAAAAAAAGUACCAGUGAGUGAGGUCAGCAGCAUAGCAUGAGUCAACCUUGGGGAUGUAUGCAGUCAUCAUCGCGGGUCGGUAUUGUGCGGGCCUGCUGCCGCUGCUGGCCGCACAGAGCUGCGAGUGUGCGAUCCUGCGGGGCUGAGCUGCCGUUAGUAGCAGCUUUCAUGACAAACACAGGUGUUGCCCAUGAAUGAGAGAAACACACAGACUUCCUCAGAUCUACACACCCCAGGCCAACGACCCCUGAAUGGGUCACGAAGAACUUCAGAGAGGAAGAGAAGAUUAUCUUGGUUGACCUGGCUCCUGCUCACACUGAUGUCAAUGUAGUUUUAAAGCUUUAUUUUACUGCGGUUUCCCUUUCAUUUUUGGAUUAAUAUAUUGAAGUGACACCUGGUUUAGCAUUAGUAGUUUGUGUGGUUGAAAAUAUUCAUCUGGCUCGGCUUAUUCAUGCCCGUCAUGAGUGUACCAGCCCAGCAGAAACCGAGUGCCAAAAGAACAGGCAAACGCAUCACGUUUUUCAACGAUCAAAGCGUAGCAAUGAAGGAGACUUCUCAGCACCCCGAAGGGUCCUAUUAUGUUCCGGGUGGCACUGCCGCAGACCCUGGACAGAGUGAGGCUGCAAGCACCGUGACCUCCAAUCCUGAGGGCCCUCACAUGUACCUCAACUCCGUCAUCUUCAGCCCAGAUAAGGGUGACCAGAGCAGGGGUCAUUAUCAGCAGACUGUUCCCAUGAAGUGGGCCCACCAGGAGCCCAGUCAGCAGCAGCCAUCACAGUCCCAGCAGCAGAGGGCUGCUUCCUGGACCACCAUGCCUAACUGGGGACAAAACUUUACAAAUUACAUUGGAGGAGUUAACGUAACAGACUCAAGGACCCAGAAUGCAUUUGUGAAGUCGAUGCACGAGACGUCUGGCUUACAGCCACAUCAGCAGCCCCCUAACAGAGCUGCAGACAAACAGCCUCUAGGGGCCAACCCUGCAGUAGAAGCCUACAGGGAUACGGUUAAGGCUCGGGGGAUGGAGUGGGAGCAGCAGCAGCAGUCCCAGGCCUUUCAGGAAACUUUAAAACCUGGGGUACUGAACGCCCAGCAGCACAGCACAUCCCACCCAGGAGGAAGCUCAGUUUUGCAGCCCUUCCAGUUGGCCUUUGGUCAGCCAAAGCAGCAUCUGCCAGCGUACUACCAGACCUUUCAAGGCACCAGGACAACCCUACCUAACCCACCUAACUACUCAACACAGCAAAAACCCCCACACCAGUUACAGCAGCUGCAGAAGCAAGAGCAAAUACAGCGCCACCAACAUCACAUAAUCCAGCAGCAAAUUCAGCAGCAGCAGCACCAUCAACAAAUGCAGCAACAACAAAUCAUUCAGCAUCAACAGCAUGUACAGCAACAGCUACAGCAGCAGCAACAAAUACAGCAUGAGCAGCAGCAACAAAAGAUACAGCAACAGCAACAACAGCAGCAGCAAAUGCAACAACAGCAGCAGCAGCAACAGCUCCAUAUUCAGCAGCAAAUGCAACAUCAGCAGUUGCAACAACAAAACCCUCAUGUGCUUGACUAUUACCCUGGUGCACAAAAUGUACACCCUCACCCACAUCCACAGCCUGUAGUGGUACACUCCCAGGAGUCCUCUGCUCCAGUUCCCCCAAAGAUCCAGGAACCAGUCAUCCAGGACAUCACCCCAGAACCCCAGCAGUCAUCAGAUCCCCUGCAGCCCGCUCUCCAGUCCGAGCUCCUGUCUCAGUCGCAGCCCCAGACACAGCUCCAAUCCCAAACACAGCUUCGCAGAUCACGACGGCUCUCCAAGGAAGGAGGGGCGCCAUCCGACAACCCUUUUCUCUCUGUCUCUUCGGAUCAGGCUGCCCCGGGGAACCAGGGCUCCCAGAACGGGGCCCGUGACAUCCAGGCAGCCCCAACGGGCGUCAUUCAGAUCACACGCAGGAAACGCAGAGUGUCCCAGGAGGUCAACCUGGAGACCCUUGCACAGAAGGCCUCGGAAAUGGAGUCUCUGCCAUCACAUGUUGUCAAGGAGCCCCACAGGCCAUGGAGUCCCACCGAAUCAGAGGGACUGAACGCCAAGCGGCAUCGAGACGACAACCUUCUGCCGCUUGUCAUCCCUGUGUCUGUCCCGGUCCGGAGGCAGGACCCCUCCUCCCCUGACAGAGACGAAGCAGCCCUGACCUCCAACUGGCCCCCCAGGCCUUCAAACCCCCAAGACCUCGGCCGUGCAGACCACAAACCCUCAGUCAUUGUCACCCGGAGACGCUCACUCAGGAACUCCUUGUCAGAGAGCUCAGAGCAGAAUGGCAGCACAGAGGGGGAGAAAGACGACGAUGGCAAAAAGUCCAAACGGCGUCCGCGGCCCGAGCCUCUCUUCAUCCCGCCACCUAAACCUGGCUUAUUCAUCGCUCCGCCUGUCUACUCCAGCAUCACACCUUACCAGAGCCACCUACGCUCCCCUGUACGCCUGGCUGACAACCCCCUCACCAUGCCCCCUUACACGCCUCCACCAAUCCUCAGCCCUGUUCGUGAAGGCUCAGGCCUCUACUUCUCCACUUUCCUGUCUACUGCUGCAGCCAGCAGCCAAGGCCUGCCGCCUCCUGCAACACCCAAGUCAGCCACUCGCAGCCUGUUGCGUUCUAACAGCUGCGACAUCACACCACCAGUUCUGUCUGCUAUGAGCGAGGCCACUCCUGUCAGCAUCGAGCCACGGAUAAAUAUUGGGUCGCGGUACCAAGCGGAGGUGCCAGAGCUGAGGCAGCGGUCAGCUGUCGAGCUGGAUCACCAUAGCGCGGAUCUGGUCUGGGCUCCAUUGAAGGAGCUGGAGGAAAAAGCUGACUUCCAUCAGAAAGUGGAAGACCUCAUGCACCUGGCCUGCUCCAGUGUUUUGUGCGGAGGAGGCACGAACCAAGAGUUAGCCCACCAUUGUCUGUACGAAUGCAAAGGGGACAUAAUGGCUGCUCUGUCGCUCCUGAUGCUGAGGAAUCCAAUUUUCCCCAAGUAUCAUCAUCUGUCAAACUACCACUACUCAGGAUCAGACAGCUGGACAGCAGCUGAGAGACGCCAGUUCAACAAAGGCAUCACUGCAUACAAGAAGGACUUCGUUAUGGUGCAGAAACAGGUGACCACUAAGACGGUGGCACAGUGUGUGGAGUUUUACUACACAUACAAGAAACAUGUCAAGAUUGGCCGCAACGGGACUCUGAUGUACGGGGAGGCAGAGCCCUUGGAGAACAGGACCACUGAGGAAGAGAUGGACCAUAAGGGCUCUCACAGACUGGAGCCACAGCCGGAGGAGGACAGCAGGAAGUGGGAAGGGUCAGCUGACAGGAAACAGGAUGUCGGCCCCACCAGGGUGACACACACGCUGCAGUCCACUGAGAACCCUGGGACCGUCCUGAUCAUGAAAGGCCAGGAGGACACGGGGAGAAACCAGCCGCAGUCCCGGGUUAUCCACCCUCCUCAUCCACCCCCUCCCAGCUCCAAACCGCGUUACGAUGGCAACGCACGCCGGACAAGCCCUUCAACGGGCAACAAAGGCUCGGCCGGUCAGGAGGGAGAGUUCCCCUGCAAGAAAUGCGGCAGGAUUUUCUACAAGGUGAAGAGCCGCAGCGCCCACAUGAAGAGCCACGCUGAGCAGGAGAAGAAGGCUGCAGCGCUGCGUCAGAGAGAGGCCGAGGAACGAGCGGCGGCAAAGGCGGCAGCCGAGGCCGCCGCCAUCCUGGCCGCUCGGCAGCAGAACGGGACGCGACAGAUGGGCGGCGACAGCACCAACGAUGACUCGUCAGACAGGGAUGAUGAGGACGAUGAGGACUGGCAGUGAGAGGAAGGCCGCACGCUCUGACUGUAGCGUGGCUUGUUCUGUGGGAUGGGAGGAGGAACAAUUUUUUAUUAAGAAAAAGAAGAAGAAUCCCUCCUGUGAACUGUCUGUACAUUUUGUGGAACAAGAAGACUUCCGUUGCUUGGCACAUUCAGGGACAGACUCCCGUGUAUGUGUUUGAGUAUGAAUGUGUGUGUGUGUGUGUGUGUGUGUGACUCACCAACGCCCCUUUACUCUGCUUGAAAAGCUUUUCAGGAGUUACCUCUCUUGGUCACAGGGCUCGGUCAAAUCAAAGCCAUGCCGCUCCUCUCGGCGCUGUCCUGCUCUCCACGCCAGACCCGCGGCCUUCCUCGGCACUUUGAGCCUCGCCCUGCUUCGUUUGUCAGGCGUGGAACUUGUUGGACCCCUUUUUUCUCUCGCUCUCGAUGAGCCACAGCAUGCGCUUGCUUAACGUGCAUCCCAGGUGUCCGGCACGGGAUGAAGUUUUGACAGUAUGAACCCGGGGGGAGGGGGGAGGGGGGAGGGGGAGGGAGGCAAAGGAACGCAGGGUUGUGCUGAUAAAUUUUCCGCUCUAAGACGGACAGAUGGAUGGAAGGAUGGCAAGUGUAAAAUGAUGCCUCUGUUUCUCCGCUCUUCUGCACUGGAGGCUGCCAAAAGCUUUUCUCAGAUGCAUGAUGUGCACCAAAUGGGUUCCCUCUCUCUGUGAGCGUUGUUCAUUUGGGCUUUCGUUCUGUGAAUCUCCCCUCCAGCCCUCGUCACUUUUUACAGUUUGUUCCUCACUGUUGAUGCCUUGGAUGUUUUUGAUGCUUUUUAUCUUGAAAUGACAAUCAAUUUUACACUGUUGUUGUUGGGUUUUUAUAUAUAUAUAUAUAUAUAUAUAAAAACAUAUACAGGUAAACGUUACUUUUUCUGCCUGUGUAGCUAUAUAUGGUUAUUGUUGUUGUUUUUGUGAAUAUUCUUGUUGAUUAUUAUUAAUAUUAUUAAUAUUAUUCUAUCCUGGUUUUGGCUGCAAUUUAAUUGAGCGCUUUUUUCCGUACUUGUCCAUAGCUUUUUUUUUUUCUUUUCCUUUCUUUUUUCUUUUUUUUUUUUUUAUUUAAACAAAAAACAAAAAUAAUGCUACUUGCUGCCUGUUUAUAACUGUGAGAUUUUUUUGGGAAGCCAGACAUGAAGAAAAGGCAGAAACGUAUGUGCAAUAGAACAAGAUGACCCCCUGUUACCAGAGCGCCUGAGCCUCUAACCCACCCUCCCCUCUCUCUGUGUCAUGCUUACACCCGGCUGCUCUGGAUGCCUCGCUGUCAACCCUGUAACUGAUCGGAGCCACUGACUCCGCAGGUCUCUAUAGAUACACAUAACAAAGCAGGAAAGACAACAAACAGCACAAACUAAUUCAAGACUAAUUCUGGAAAUAGAUAGCCAUGCCACUUGCUUACUACCCUGAAAUUUUAUCCAGUGUUGACUUUUUUUUUCUUUACAAUAUUGAAGAAUCUACUGAUUACAAACGGGGAUUAGGGAAAGCAGACCACAUUCACUGCAAACCACAUUUAACUUAACUUUCGCAAGUUUUUGUGGGUUUUUGACUCCUCUUAGUUACAUUUCUUUUUGAACCUGAUAUCAACUAUACCAUAUGUUCUCUGCUCAGUCAUUUCAGCCAGAAGUUUACACUUUCCGCAGACUGUUAAUACUGUUAAUAACCCAGAUUUCUCCCUUUUUGACGAGAUAUUUUAAAUGUUUACUCAAGAUCUACAUUUUCUUUGAUUUUUACAACCAGAUAUCCACCUCUGUCACAUGUUCCUUUAUAAUUUACUUGUCAGGAAAUUAUUAUUAUUUAAUGUCAUCAACAAACAGACAUUAAGAGAGGCAGAAGCAUUCAUUCUGCAAGCCAUACUUAAUUCAGAUAUUGCUGUUUUUUUUAAGCUUAGGGGAAUCUUAAUGCUUUUAUCAGACUCAUAUUUUCACAGUAAAGUCACUGUUUGCUGAUAUUUGGUGUCUCUAAACUGAAACCUUUAACGCCAGAGAGAUUACUAAUAUUGAUUCUCUCCUUUGCCUGAAUGAAGGAGUGUCUGAAACUGCAUUUAGGUCAUUGUGACACUAACACACUCCGCUGAAACCUUGACUUUGUGGGUCAGCAGCUACUGAAGGACCGCAUGACACAGCUUAUGUAUGCGCAGGGGGAACUAUUGAAUAGUUAAAUUUUUAAAAUGUGCAAAUAUAGUAACAUUUAAAUAGAGAUUCGUCGGUCUGCCAAAGUACGGUGGUGCUUAGGAAAGAAUUUAUAAUAUCAAAAUGUCUUGGCUGUUAUUAAAGUCAAAUAUCAGCUCAAUAUUUUCAUCAGUCUAACCCUGCAGUGUGUAUCUAUGGUUUCCUUCUUUCUGUUUAUCUCUUUGCUGAUAGCAGGCACCGAAUUGGACUAUGGAAACAGCAUGUUUUGAUCUAUCUCUCUCUACAUAUCUCUGUGUUAAGCUCUUGGGCCCGGAGCCAGCCUCUGUUGCCUUAGCAACAAAUGGGUUAAAGGGUUAUUUUCCAUUAAAGGACAAACCACAGUGGGGAGUUGGGGGACAAACGGCUCCAAUUACCAGUUACUCCACAAGAUAAACCUGGGUCUAUGCACAGACUGUUCGUGUGUGUGAGUGUGUGUUUUGGUGAGUGGACAUACUGUUAAAAGUGUGUUUGUGUGUGUAUGUGUGUGUGUGAGUGGCAGUGUUUAACUGUAUGCCAGUCAAUGGGGAAAAAAACAAGUUUUGCAGACUGUUCACAUGUUUGGUAUGUUAAUUUAUAUUUCCUUUUUAUUUGGGCUCGUUUUGAGGUUCUCGUUGGGGGACGUUGUCACGAAAAAAGGUUUUCAAGCUGUUUAAAAAGCAGAAUUAUGGAUGGAAUCGAGGCCACGACACAAACACAGCUGUAAACUUUCCUCAUUUCAUCCAGUUGGUUAAAGGAAUUUUAGGGGUAAAAGGUUUAUUUAGUUAAAGAUUAGAAAAUAUAUAUGAAUGAAAUUCUAUGUUUGCAUACUUUCUAUGCUAUUUUCAUAUGGGGUUCACACUAAUGAUGAAAACGGAAAGGAAUCUCAAGUGCUUUUUACUACAGUGUAACUUAUUUGUUUCAAUUUGAUUUUUACCACCUGUGUUUUUAGUAAUGAUUCAUGAAGCACUGUACAUUAAAGUUUUAAAAUAUU